UACUCUUUUGCAAUUUCUCCAGACAAAACACACUCGUCUUCCUCCUCUCCUCAAAAACCCUAAAUCCCAAUACUUUCUCCGUCCUCGAGAAAUGCUUGCGAAAGCAGCAAGAGAGCUUUCUUCAUCAAAGCUUAAACCUUUGCUCGCUCUUUCUCUCUCCUCAUUCAGAUCUUCCACAUGGACUGAAACAAACACUUCCAACAGAUCGAACUCACCAUUUCUCCUUCUCCCUCCUCGUUACUCUUCUACUACUAAUAAUGUCCCUCCGCUUACCCGAGAUGGCAACUUCAACGAUGCCACUCCCUCCACCGUCUCCGUUUGCCCAGGCUGCGGAGUUCAUAUGCAGAACUCGAAUCCCAAACAUCCAGGUUUCUUCAUCCGACCAUCAUCGAUCGAGAAACAGAGCAACGGUUCGGUUCUUCGUAACCUCGUACCAAUCUCACAAGAACCCGAGUUCAUCAAUUCAAUCAAACACGGGCUUAUCGUUGAACCAAACAGUUCCGACAAAGAUGAUGAAACAGGUUCCGACAUAAGCACUAAAGAUGAUGAAACGGGGAGACCCUUGGUCUGCGCGAGGUGUCAUUCGCUCAGACAUUACGGGAGAGUCAAAGAUCCAACGGUGGAGAAUCUACUUCCCGAUUUCGAUUUCGAUCAUACGGUCGGAAGACGAUUAGGUUCAGCUUCCGGUGCUCGAACCGUCGUUCUGCUGGUCGUCGACGCCUCGGAUUUCGACGGGUCUUUCCCGAAGAGAGUCGCGAAGCUCGUGUCGAGAACCAUCGACGAGAACAACACGGCGUGGAAAGAAGGGAGGUCAGGAAACGUCCCCAGAGUCGUCGUGGUGGUGACGAAGAUCGAUUUGCUACCGAGCUCGUUGUCUCCGACGAGGUUCGAGCAGUGGGUGAGACAAAGAGCGCGCGAAGGAGGGUUGAGCAAGAUCACGAGGCUGCAUUUCGUCAGCCCCGUGAAGAACUGGGGGAUCAAGGAUAUGGUGGAAGACGUGGCGGCGAUGGCGGGGAAGAGAGGGCAGGUCUGGGCUGUCGGGUCGCAGAACGCCGGGAAGAGCACUCUGAUCAACGCCGUGGGGAAGGUGUUUGGCGGGAAAGUCUGGCAUUUGACGGAGGCUCCGGUGCCGGGAACGACGUUGGGGAUCGUCAGGGUGGAAGGUGUUUUGCCUUUUGAGGCGAAGCUGUUUGAUACUCCGGGGCUGUUGAAUCCGCAUCAGAUCACGACUAGGCUCACUAGAGAGGAGCAGAAACUUGUUCAGAUCAGCAAGGAGCUUAAGCCUAGGACUUACAGGAUCAAGGAAGGUUAUACAGUUCAUAUCGGUGGGCUAAUGAGACUUGACAUUGAUGAGUCUUCUGUAGAUUCUAUGUAUGUAACAGUAUGGGCGUCUUCUUCUGUUCCACUUCACAUGGGGAAGAAGGAGAAUGCAUACAAAACACUUGAGGAACACUUCGGUUCUCGCUUGCAGCCGCCGAUUGGGGAGAAGAGGGUUGAAGAGAUGGGGAAAUGGGUGAGGAAGGAGUUCCGAGUGAGUGGGAGCAGUUGGGACGCAAGUUCAGUGGAUAUUGCUGUUUCGGGUCUAGGUUGGUUUGCUAUAGGGCUCAAAGGAAACGCGGUGUUAGGUGUGUGGACUCACGAAGGGAUUGAUGUCUUCCUCCGUGACUCAUUGGUUCCACAACGAGCGCGCACUUUUGAAGACUCUGGUUUCACCGUCUCGAAGAUCGUCGCCAAAGCUGAUAGAGAUUUUAAUAAAACUCACAAGGGGGAAACGCUAAAGAAAAGAAGAUCCAACAAGAAGUCCACUUCUUCAGAUUCUGUGUCUGACAUAGAAAGUUGCCAGGAGGUGUCCUUGUAGUAAAAGUCACAGACUUUCAGAUAUAAUAUAACUUGUUUUAUUUUCUUGGCUUGUUGAAAAUUACUUGGUUCUGUGAAUUUCACCAAGAAUCAGUUUCUGUUUUCGUCAGUCGCUUAUUUCAUUCAUUAAAAAGUUCGUUACCGACCA